GCGAAGUUAAUAUUAUAGUCAGUGGAUUACCAGUUAGCGAAGCUGACUUUUUGGUUAGCGGUGCCCACCACUGCUGGACACACUGCCGCUUCCAACACGUUGCAGCGUCUACUCUGUGACUGUUGAGUAGUGUACUCCGUAGAGUGCCCAACGCUGUCUGCUACUCCAGCUGAGCAGUGGACUGUUUUAGGCUACUACUCAGAAGGCUGCACUGUAUCAACUGUGUUGCCUACUGAAGAAUGCUACGUAGCAACUCACAGGGGUACUUUGUAGGCCACUUACAGGGCACUCUGGCUACUCAGACGAAUGGCUGAGGAAAAGGAGGAGGAGGAGGGGGAGGAGGAGGAGGAAGGUGGCCAGGAUGAAUGUGAGAGUGGCGGCACGCGUGUGGCAUGCGGCGGCCGGCCAGGCCAGUGUGGCUGUGUGCGGGUUGGCAGGUGGACACGGGCAGUGCGCACACCGCCGCGCCGCGCCUCGCCACACAUGCAGCUGUUGGGGCAGGAGCUGGGGGCCUCGUGGGCGGCGUGCUGGGCGUGGGCCGCGUGGUGGCGGCGGGGCUGGCGGGCCUGGCGGGGCUCGUGGUGGGGCCGCCCACACUGGUGCUCGUGGGCCUCGACUCGUCGGGCAAGACUACGGCGCUGCUGCGGCUCAAGUACGGCCACUACGUGAACACCGUGCCCACCGUCGGCUUCAACUGCGAAUGUUUGCGGGGCGGCGGCUGCUCCUGGGUGGCAUGGGACGUGGGCGGCGCUAAGCGCGUGCGACCCCUUUGGCGCGCCUACACGCGCGGCGCCGACGCGGUGCUGUUCGUGGAGGAUGCCAGCAGCGGCGAGGAGUGGCUGGAGGAGGCACGCCACGAGUUGCACGUCCUGGUGCGCCGGCAAGCGGCAUAGAGCGCCGCGCUGCGCCGCUCACGGCCGCCGCUGCUGGUGCUGGCCAACAAACUGGAUCUGCCGGGAGCCAGGACGCCCGCCGCCAUGGCUGACGCCCUCGGCCUGCACGACCUGCCGCCCGCCCAGCCCUGGGGCCUUGCACCCGCCUGUGCCGUCACCGGCGAGGGUCUGCCCGAGGCCAUGGAUCUCCUGCGCCGCCUCCUCCUCAAGGCACGCCGGGCCUCGCUCUCACGGGGUUGACUUGCGGGUCACCCUAUGCUCCCCGCCGCCCCCACCUCCUUCAGUUUAUCCCUGCCCAGCCCCGCACCAGACCGCUGGACCCCCGAGGCGUGAGGCGAGGGAGCCCGAGUACUCGUAUGGGGACAGGCGGGGAACUACAGACAACUGAGUGCCACUGGUGGCUGACGUAUGUGAUAAUGUGUGUGUGUGUGUGUGUGUGUGUGUGUGUGUGUGUGUGUGUGUGUGAAGCGUGCAUGCAGUGUUUGAAGGGGUGUAUUUAUAAUAUUUAUUGUGCAAUAGCCAGAAACGUCACACAUACACAAGCACGUAGCCCGUACCCAGAGAUCCGUCACUUGUGAGUCGCUCAUCCGGGAAAAGUAAUAGUUGGCAAUCGUGAGACUAUUGUGUGAUCAGACCAUUACACACACACACACACACACACACACACACACACACAC